AUGGCCACGGUCGUGUGCGAGGGCAGAGAGAGGACGAGAGGCCGGGGGGGCCUCACCGGCGUUGAUGGGGAGAGGGGGUGCCGAGGCUUGCUGGCGGCCGGCGGGGAAGAGGGCGAAGACGCGAGGUCCGGCGAGGAGGCGGUCGAGGAGGAGGACGGCGACGGGGCGGCGUUCACCGGGGUUGGUGCAGAGGCGGGAGGGCGUCGCGAAGAAGGGGCCUCCAGGAGGAGGCGAGGCGCCGGUGGUGGGGCGGCGCCGGGGAAGGCGCCGGUGUCGGGGCGCGGGGCGGCGCAGUCACCAGGGUCGGGGGGCGAGCGCCCCGAUCCACAUCGGGGGUCGUGGGGUGGGGAAGAGGGGAUCGUGCGGGGGGAGUGGGGGAUCGGGUGGGUAGCUAGGGUUCCAGGGAGGGGUUAUACAGGGGGCGGGGUGGGCCGUGUGGCCUGGGGGUAA